AUGGGUAUGACCAGCAAAAUCGCAGAUCUACGCGCGAGUUGUCCCAUUCGGUAUCUACAUCUCCUUCGCGCAGGCUAUUUCGAGCCAAUCCCGGUAGCCUGGGCGAAUCAGGUCUCCAACCCACUCAAGUUCAGCAUUGAAGCCCAAGCAGGAUGGCGCGGCAUCACUCCAGCUUGGCGAGGAUACGAAGACACCGCUGAGGAGCGACUCUACUGGGUCUUGAACCAUCGUGAAGGCAGUGUCGGCAUGCGAAUGAAGCCCGACCAGAUUUCCGAGAUGAACAUGGCGCGAGACAGAAUGGCAAAAGCAUUCGAGCCACCACCCGACUACUGCGACAUAGCCGAUCAGUGCCACGUCCAACAUAAGUCUGAUGGCUACUCAAAGCAAGUCAUGCCCGCACCACUACAUGCCUUCGAUCGUCCCGAGACACCCACCGACCACACCAUGAUCCUCCUCGAUGUCUCUGGCUCAAUGGACUUCGACCCUGUCCGCCCCGUCUACGAUCAAUACCUCAUCACAGGCUGGAACAAAUCUACCCAGCCCAAGAACAAAGACGUCGCAAAAGCCAUCAUCCGCCGCUUCACAGCCGCCAUGGAGAACCACGAUCAUCAGUUCAAGGGCUACGAUCUUGUCACCUUCGCCAAUCAUGCUGAGUACAUCGGCACCAUCAACCAUCAGAAUUUCCAGCAGAUGUGGAAGCAAGUCCACCUAGGUGGGAGAACAAGAGUCAUGACAGGCUGGCAACAAGUUAAAGAACUCCAUUUCCAAAAGCACUCCCGCCUCAGCUACGCACCACCCCAUCUUUGGCUGGCAGGCUGGGCCCGAGACGCCAAUGCUCCGCCUCCUACUCCUUCUCGACGGCGAAGCCUCAGAUAUGGAUGA